AUGUCGGAAGAUAUAGCGCCCUUUACAAUUGCCAUCCCAGACUCUGCGCUGGAGCAGCUAAAGAACAAGCUCUCUCAAGCUACAUUUCCAGCUGAAUCCGACUUCUCCGAUGACCAAAACUAUGGUGUGUCCUUGAGUACUGUGAAGCGGUUGACCGAAUACUGGAAAGACGGCUUCGAUUGGCGAGCUUACGAAGCGAAAUUAAACCAGAUUCCUCAAUUCACGACGAACAUUUCUGUGGACGGACAUGAAGAACUUAACAUACACUUCAUACACCAAAAAAGCAGCCGACCGAAUAGCAUUCCACUGCUCUUUGUUCAUGGAUGGCCUGGCAGCAUCGUAGAAGUGACGAAGAUUAUACGAGCACUUUCGGAACCCAAGGGUGACGAUGUACCGUCAUUCCAUGUUGUAGCGCCGUCUCUACCAAAUUUCGGAUUCUCCGAUAAGGCUACAAAGAAGGCUUUUGGUAUUCAGCAAUACGCUGAGUCGAUGCAUAAAGUCAUGCUUAAGCUAGGAUAUGACAAGUACGUAACGCAAGGCGGCGACUGGGGUUUCCUCAUCACCCGUGCCAUCGCUCUUUAUUAUCCAGAUCAUUGCCUUGCCGGCCAUGUCAAUGUUAUAACUACCAGGCCGACACCCUGGCGAUCUUUUGUGCUUGCUGUGCAAUACUAUCUCGGCUUACUAUCCGAAGAUGAACAAAAGGGUAUAUUCCGCUCAUUCUGGUAUCUUAAACAUAGUUCAGGAUACAUGCUCCUACAAUGUACGAAGCCCAAUACCAUUGGGUUCGCACUGGCGGAUUCUCCAGUCGCGCUACUAGCAUGGAUAUACGAGAAACUGCAAGAAUGGACCGAUGAGUACCCUUGGACCGAUGACGAAAUUUUGGAAUGGAUAUCCAUAUACUUCUUCUCCCGCGCGGGCCCUGCGUCCAGCGUGACGAUAUAUUACGAGUUGAUUGGCCAGCAGAAAGAUGAAAUGUACAAGGUGUCGGACUAUGUCCCCAAUGUUCCUCUUGGCAUUUCACUCUUUCCAAAGGACGUCUUUGUGCCUCCGAAAUCAUGGGGCGGAUUCCUUGGUCCAGUUGUCUUUCAGGCAACUCAUAAAAAAGGUGGGCAUUUCGCUGCGUACGAGUGUCCCGAUGAACUUGUCAGCGACUUGAGGCAGAUGUUUGGUAGACAAGGCGGCGCUGCCAAAGUCGCUCGUGUUUUUGAGUCUGCUUGA